ACAUUACAACAUGUUUGGCUGCUGUAUGCCAUCCGUGCAUGGUUUUAAUCAGCCUUCCCAAACUUUUAUGGUUAAUAUGGGGUCGCUGAUUGUCACAGUCAAAAGCUCUAAGCUACUUUAUUUGUCAUCAAGCAGGCAAACAUGUUAUGACAACGGCACCAGGGGAGGAAUCACAUUUCUAACUUGUUCUCAAGCUGAAAAAGUCUCUGGGACUGGAUCGUCUAAAUUGGUCUGUAAAUUCCUACAGAAAGGCUUUUUCGCAGAACACUACAAAAGCUCAUACCGUACCUGGAUACGGGAUUCUGGAAGGCCUGUCGUCUGAGACAGGCUCUCUCUGAGGCUGAUGCCAGGGUAUGGGUCAGUCUCAAAAGUGACACGCAGGAGCUCUACGUGCUCUUUGGAAAAGCUGGUCCUCUUCCUGCGGCUGGCGCUGCGAGAAGAGGCGCCACUGGAGGCCGGGGGUCUGGCAUCAUCUUAGACGACGGGGGAAAUAAGGGCAGGUUGUACAUCAGACAAGCUCCAAAACAAACCUCCACGUGUCCUACAUUUCCGGACCAUUCACAUUAUGAACACAUAAAGAACAUAUCUACUGUAAAAGGUUGGCAAAUCACUGAAAUGUCAGCAGAAAGAAUGGAAUGUUUGCAGUUUUAGGAUGCAUUAAAAAAAGUAAAUAAUUUGCUAGCUGUUAAGGUGGCAAGCAAGUCUUGACAUCCAAAUAUGAAAAUCUGAGACGCAUGCACAAAAAUAAACAGUGUCAGUGUACUGUACUGUGAUUGCACUUACCAUUACUAGAGUCCUUCCACAUGGCAGCACUGAAAUGAAGGUCUGGACACGAACGGAUUUCGAACGGACCUCCGAUGUGACAGAGUGCAUUGUGUUUGCACCCGAAAUAAUUCCAUACCAUCUCCUGGGGCCAUUUGGUACCUUCUGCAGAUAUCUCGUUGACAACCAUGCUGGCGGCUUGUACAAAGGGUGGUGGGCGACCUGGGCAAUCCAUGUAGUUGAGGCCAUAGUCUCCUUGAAAAUGUGCAGCAACAAAGGCAUCACCAUGCCCACCAGCUGCUUGUGGUUCUUCCAGACCUUCGUGUUCGGCUUCGCCUCUCUCGGCCUGCUCAUCCGAUACAACCCAGAGAGGCCCAAACAGCACUGAUGCCGUCGCAAAAAGCGAGCUGAGAACAUGCUGUAGCCUAGGAACCUGACACUAGUGCCUUUUCUUCAUCAAUGUUUCCUCAAACUUUAAAAUAUUGAAGUGAAGUAUUCCAUGUGAUAGACCUAAAUCCUGCGUUGCUGUGAUGACUUUCAUUGUAUAGAGUUUGUUUUUCCUGAAGAAAUAGUCAUUAAUACGCAAGAGGUAUUUUGGGAGAAAUACAUCCUGUUGCAAAUGUGGUACAAUUUUAUGACGUUUUAAUACAUUCAUGAUGUUUACAUUCCAGUGAUCAUGAUAAUCUUCCAGCUGCUGUGUUCUACUUAAAAAUGUUGCAAAUUGCUGUUCUUAACGCUAACAAUUGAAAUAAAAAUUGUGACAAACAG